CAUUAACUAUUCCUUUGCAUGAUAUUAAUGAAGAGGCAUCUCAAUCCUUACAGAGCAUCGAUAAUGUGCUUAGUGAAUAUAAUAAAUUCAAGGUUGGUCAUAAUUGGAUUCUUUCUGGAACAGAAGUUGAUUAUAUUGAUUCUAAAAUAGCAACCUUUGUUCUAGAAAACAAACAACUUUUUGAAAGUAAAUUGCUAGAAUCUAUGAAGCAGUUGCCGAAAGUCUACUCUAGGUUAAAUAUUGAACAGGAAAAAGAGAUUGUCGAAAUUAUUGAAAAAAUGCAAAAUGGAUUGAAACCAGAUGUGUGGGCGACAACAGAUAUUGCUGGAGUUCAAUAUGAAGUAAUGUAUUGUGAAAUCUCUGGAAUGCCAUUUAAGCUAGAUCCCAUUCAUAUUGAAGAAGACAGAAGAAAACUAUUUCGAUUGGGUGUCCGAGUGAAAAUUUUAUUUAACAAAAAUAUCGUAGAACAAUAUGUGCAUGCACUUACAAAUCAUUUAAUACAAUCGAUAUCAUUGCUAACAAUACCUUUAUUACGGUUCUAUAGGCCUAUAAAUAUUCCUAUUCAAAAUUUACAAAGGCACAAAUUUAAAACCUUUACAACUAGAAUAGAAGUUAAUAAUGGAAAUAUCACUCCAAUACGUGGUUCUCUAUUACAUCCUUUAAGUCUUUCAAAGACUCCAUUAAGAUCAUAA